UUGGUUAAUCGGGUUGGGCUAAAACGCCCUCUGAUGAGGGAAGGCCUGUUACAGGAGGUAUUGGAAUUUGAGUGUCGGCGCGCGAGCCGUUUGAAAAUGGAAGGACAGGCGGGAUUGACGGAUUGUGGUGACGCCUCUCCUCCCGCGUCGCCUGCUGCGCCCGACCAACAGUCCCCGGGAUCUCCGGUGCUCCUCUCUGAGGUGGAAGCGGUGGCUGCCGGAUGGAUGCUGGAUUUUGCGUGCCGCUGUCUGUGCCGCCAUUUCUGUGAGGGCAAUCGGCGGGACUUCGAGAGGAGCCGCGACUUGUUGCUGACUAUUAUCAAAGGGUUAUGCAGAAUAGAAGCUCAGCAAGUGAAAACAAUAUGCAUUUGUCAGCUAUUGGUUUGUGUUGCAGAAGGAAAAUCACUUGAUUCUCAUUUUGGGACUGAUGAAACAAUUUCACCUCUGGAAAAUGCUCUGUCAGCUUGGACUUCACUUCAGAAACUACAAAGCAUACCAGAUAAACUGCAUGAAGAAAUCAAACACUUAAUUCAGAUUCAGGCUGUGGCAGUGCACAUGGAAAAGGGCUAUUUUAAGGAAGCUACAGAAGUCCUAGAAAGACUGUUUCCAGAAUCUAUCUCAAAUGAGCCUUUAAGAAUGAAGCUGGCUAGAAUAACAAAACAAAAGGAUCCAUAUCACCAAUUUCUCCGGCACUUCAGUUUCAAUCUUCUGAAUGAGAAAAUCAAAUAUUACAUUAGUAUGUUGUUGAAUGAAGAAUCCGACAAUUUUCUAAUGAAGGAAGCUGCAAAAGAAGCAAAAACUAAAAAAUCAGAAAAAAUAACAGCUGUACAAUGCAACAGUGAAAGUGAAGCUGCUGCAGAAAAACUCUUGGAAUGCAUGCAGAGAUCACAUAAACAGUCUUGUUCCUUAACUGGCCAAGCAUUUUGGAAUUUGGAACAGAUACAGCAUCCCAAUGGAACAAAAAUUACAAAACGGAAAACUCUCCAAAAUAAGAAAGUCUUGCAGAGCACUGAAAAUAUUCAGGAAGGUGAUUACUGUCUGCCUGCUGGUAAGAAGAAACAGCGCUGGAGUUUUGAAGAAGACAAGAAACUGAAGGAUGGUGUAAAGAAGUUUGGAGUAGGAAACUGGACUCAGAUUCUUCAGCAUUAUGACUUCAAGAAUCGAACUAAUGUAAUGCUGAAAGACAGGUGGAGGACAAUGGUUCAGUUACGCAUUGUUUAGCUGUCUUUCUAACUUCAACUGCUUAAUCUCUGUAGAAGUAAAAUAAUGUAUUUUAAUGUGUACUUUCAAUGCCAAUUUUUUUUUUCAAUUAUUUUGUUCAUUCUGUAUGCAACUUGGUUCUUGUAAAUAGUUUAGUGUCAAUAAAGCAAUAAUACUGACUGUUGGCUAGUGAACUGAUCAUGACUGAUCUUAAAUAAAGCUCUUAUCUCCAGCAUUAAUAUUGUUACUAAACUGAAUAACACUGUGCUACUGAACUUAAUGAGAUUGCUGAAAAACAAGUUCAGAAUCACACUAAAGGCCUUUCAUAUUGCUAUGCAUGAAAAAAGUACAACAUUUGCUCAUUUAAUACGGAUAGCCUGUGACAGCAAAUGACUCCUUUGAGCAUGAAGAGUUUUCAACUCUCCAUUACUGUAGGAACUCCACGCAUGCAAAAGAGUUGUUGGCAAAUAUUUUGUAUUGCUAGUGUAACAUCUUGUCUGACUGCAGUCUGGUUUUACUGGCCAAGUAUAAAGCUACCUUGGCUCCACUGAAAAGAAGCACAGCAGUUGCACUUGUCAGCUGAGACCAGUUAUCAGCACAUCUACCUUUAAUAUACAAGCUGAGAAUUCUAAUGCUCUCAUGGUUAGCUAAAUUAAUUUUUUCCUCUCUGUAUUAGGCACAGGUUUCAGACAUCCAGCAAGUGUCAAGUU